AUGGUGACCUUCAUAUUGAUGGUUUCUCUGUUUUCAACGCUUCUUUUAGCACACAGGCUGGAUGCCUAUCUCCACCCUCAAGCUCCGCUUGUGGCACCAGAACACCCCGAACCACAACCACUGCCUUUACAACAAGGUCAUGAAUUUGCACUACGUCACAUCUUCCAUCAUGGCACAUCUCGAUAUCCCCUCCUUCAUAAACGUCUCGAUAUCCAGCCGGAUGCAAAAGUAUGGGUGGCAUCUGAGGCAGGUAAAAAAUUGGCAUUUGCUCCACGUUUUAAGGCCUUUUCACAGCCUUCUCGAAUCCAGCGGCUCACAGACCGGCGAGUUGAAGUAAUGGAGGCUCGACUCUUGGCGGCAAGAAAGCCUGAAAUGGCCCGCAUAUUAUCUCCCCCGGUCUGGUCAAUAGACGAAUUACCUGGUCCCAACAUAUCUGAUAAGGAAACUGUUCUCAACCUUGCAAAGAUGACAGCCAAUGCAUACAUCAUGGAACCAGGAACGGAGCGAUGGAAAGAUGUUUCUGGACCAUUCAACCAGUCUCUGGGCUUUGGGUGGGAAAAGGAAGGCUUGCGUGGGCAUAUAUACGCCGACAAGGCCAAUUCGACAAUCAUAAUCGCGUUGAAAGGAACCUCCGCUGCACUGUUUGACGGAGAAGAGACGACCACCAACGACAAAGUCAACGAUAAUCUGUUUUUCAGCUGUUGCUGUGCUCAAGGUGGCCAAUACUUCUGGCGGCAGGUUUGUGAUUGUUACUCAUCGGCCUAUACUUGCAAUUCCACUUGUUUAGUUUCCGCCCUCAGAGAAGAGAACCGAUACUACCGCGCUUCCCUUGAUCUUUAUGCCAACGUCACCGCUCUCUACCCAAACUCAAAUGUGUGGCUUGCUGGACAUUCGCUUGGGGGAGCAGUGUCUAGUCUUCUCGGUCUAACCUAUGGCUUACCGUCCGUGACGUUUGAGGCGGUUCCAGAAGCAUUGCCUGCUUCUCGGCUGGGCCUUCCAGUACCUCCUGGCACGGACCCCAGCACUCCCCAAGUGCGUGAAUAUACUGGCGCGUACCAUUUCGGCCACACGGCUGACCCGGUAUAUAUGGGCAGCUGUAACGGGGCUACUUCAUUCUGUACCUUAGCAGGAUACGCAAUGGAAUCAGCUUGUCACACUGGAUUCCGAUGCGUUUACGACACCGUCGAGGAUUUGGGCUGGCGCGUGGGUAUUGGCACGCAUCGGAUUCUAAAUGUGAUUAGCGAUGUCAUCGAGAAGUAUCAGACCGUUCCAACGUGUACACGAGACGCCGAAUGCCGAGAUUGCGGGCUGUGGAAGUUUUUCAAGGGCAACGCAUCGCAACCUACUUCAUCUCGCAGCUCAACAACAUCCUUAACGCGGACGCGGACAUCGACCUGCAAAACACCAGGCUGGUGGGGUUGUUUGGAUGAAACUACCACCACCACCCCUGCAACGACCACAAGUGUUCCAACGACUUCGACGACAAGCACUUGUAAGACGCCCGGGUGGUUUGGCUGCAAGGACCGCACGACGACGCCGCCUACAUGGUCCGCCACUCCCUUGCCGACCCCUUCAGCCACCUCAGUUCCCAUAACUUCUAGCACAACAUGCAAAACUCCUGGAUGGUUUGGCUGCAAGGAUCCUACAAGCACCCCACCAAUGUCGUCCGCCACACCUUUUCCUACUCCUACCCCUACUAGCCCCUCAGUUCCCUCCACAUCAAGCACAACCUGCAGGAUGCCUGGAUGGUUUGGCGGCUGUAAGGACCCUACGGGCAGCACCAUAGACGAGCGACUUCCUACGUCGACGCCAAGCGAUAGCCAGGGGCUGAGUACCCCUCCCCUUUCCAUGGCCACAACGUCGCCGGCGUCAUCCUGGACCAGCUGCACGUCCAAGGCCUGGUUUGGCCUGGUUUGCCUUGACCCUUCACCAUCGACGGCGCGGUAG